AUUUGAUUUAUUCUGAUACAAAUUAUUAUUUUUGUUCAGUUGAUGUGUACAUUAAAGGUAUAGCGGAAGAUUUUCGUUUUUGGGUGGAUCACCUCUGUUAUUGGUCAUCCCAGAUGUCAAUCAUUCUUAUUAUAUGUUGACGUAUAACCGUCAUACGUGCUCGCCUCUCGGUUCGCUUUCUGCACAUGCGCACUUUCACGUGUAUGUGUGUUGUGCUACGGUUUCAACCAUUCAUUGAAGCUCGCGUUCUCGCUGUGUUUUUUUUCUCAAAAUGUCUGAGGGUCGCAAGAGAAAAAGUGUCUACGAAUUGUAUGACAAGAAGAGAAAGGACUAUAAAGACAGAAACAAGACCAGAGUGUUUAUGGGAGACUAUUUCACACGCUGGCUGCUGGUGUGAGCUAAAAGGACAGGUUGGGCUUCCCACGCGAAGUUUCUACAGGAAAGAUAUCACAAGUAAAUGUGAAGAUGUGACUGCACAUGUGGGAAAUAAAAUAAAUCUCACCUGCACAGUCUCUUAUCUGAACAAAAAAUGCUGUGUGAAGAGCUACAAAUUUGAUGAAACAGCAGCAUAUGAUGAAGAAAUCUGUAAAGAGGAGCCCAUAAGUGAUCCCUGUAAACAAGAGAGCAGAUUUUCAUGUCCUUACACUGCAGAUAAAGCCAUGACAACAAAAUUCAAAUUCUUUUUGCAAACCACAUGUGGAACAGAGGAAACAUACUUCAAUGUGAGCACAACAGGUGCUGUUAAAGAGGACACAGUGGGAUUAGCAGGUGGAUCAAACACGCCCAAGGAUAAACCAGAGAUCACAAUUAAGUGUGAAGAUGUGACUGCACAUGUGGGAGAUAAAAUAAAUCUCAACUGCACAGUCUCUAUUCUGAAAGAAGGAUGCUGCAUGAUCAUGUACAAGUUUAUUAAUACAGCUGAGUACCAAAACAUCAAAAAAAUCUGUAAAGAGAAGUCCAUAAUUGAUCCCUGUAAACAAGAGAGCAGAUUUUCAUGUUCUUACACUGCAAAUAAAGCCAUAACAACAAAAGUCCAAUUCUUUUGGCAAACCAACUGUUCGGCAAAGACAGCAGACUUCAGUGUGAUCACAACAGGUGCUGUUGACACAGGUGGAACAAACACGCUCACGUAUGAACAAGUAUUAGCCGUCAUCAUUCCUGUCAUAAUCUGUUUGAUCAUCAUUAUCAUGUGGUUCAUUCUUAAGAAGAAGCUCAACUUCAGCACUUGUGGAUUUCAUAGGAAUUAUGAUACAGAGGUGUCUGAAAGAAACAUCAGUCUAUAUUCAGAUAGAGAAACAGUGGAACAAUAGCAUCACAUCAAUAUGUAAUAUAUUCAUAUUUUAACUAAAGCUCAUGCAAGAUUAUGAGUCUUUAAAGUCCACAUCAAAUCUGGUCACAAAAAACAGCACAUAUACAUAAAACCCUACGAUAUAAAAUCUACUGACUGUUGAAGACUGUGUUUGUAUGUAUGUAUUUAUGUAUGUAUGUUACCGUAUUUCUGUGAAAUGUAUUGUUAUUGAUUUGUUUGAUCUGUAUUUCUUUUUAAAUUUCUAUAAUUUUUUUUACAUUUAACUGUAUUUUACAUUUCAACUCUAUAAGCAUGAGAUUAAGCUGCACACCAGCAAACUAAAACUGUUUGCUUAAUUACUCUGCUUGCAAUAUAAAUGUUUUAUAUAAACUUUCAGCAUCUUCAAGCUGUUUUUGUACAGGAUGCUUGUCAUUUUUUAUCGAUUGAUUGGAGUUUAUUUUAGAGAAAUGAAAUUAAUAAAGUUUUGUAAAACUC